CUGGGGACGUGGGGGAGACAUGGAGGAAGAAACGGGGGAUCCCCUGGCUGGAGCUGACCUACAGAGUUGGCCAUCAUGGCUGGAAAGUUGGAUAUCAGAGUAAUGUCUGACCUCUGGAAACAGACGCCGGGUCAGAAUCCACUAGGUAGGAGGGUCACCAGCUGCAAAGAGCCGGAGCCUGGGGGGACCUGGAGGGAUAGGUAUGGGGGGUCGAGGCCGGCCCCCUGAUGCUCGGUCCCCCCCUGGCAGACUCCCAGCCCUAAGCGCUCUGGCGCUCCUGCUGCUCUUCUGUGCACACGCUCACGCUCAGUGCAAGAUCCUGCGCUGCAACGCCGAGUACGUGGCGUCCACGCUGAGUCUCCGGGGCGCGGGCGCGGCGGGCGGAGCGGCGGGGCCAGGCGCGGGCGCCCUCUGCCGGGCGCUGCGCUCCUACGCGCUGUGCACGCGGCGCACGGCGCGCACCUGCCGCGGGGACCUGGCCUUCCACUCGGCCGUGCACGGCAUUGAAGAUCUCAUGAUACAGCAUAACUGCUCGCGCCAGGGCCCCACGGCGCCGCCGCCGCCACGUGGGCCCGCUCUGCCCGGCGCGGGCGCGCUCCGCCCCGUCGGCCCCGCGGCCCCCGACCCCUGCGACUACGAAGGCCAGUUUGCCCGGCUGCACGGCCGCGCCCCCGGCUUCCUGCACUGCGCCUCCUUCGGGGACCCGCACGUGCGCAGCUUCCACCACCACUUCCACACCUGCCGGGUCCAGGGCGCGUGGCCUCUGCUGGAUAACGACUUCCUUUCCGUGCAGGCCACGAGUUCCCCAGUGGCCAGGGGUGCCAACGCCACCACCACGCGGAAGCUCACCAUAAUAUUUAAGAACAUGCAGGAGUGCAUUGAUCAGAAGGUCUACCAGGCUGAGGUGGACAAUCUUCCAGUAGCCUUUGAGGACGGUUCUGUCAACGGUGGGAACCGACCCGGGGGUUCGAGUCUGUCCAUCCGCACGACUGCCCCCGGAGGCCACGUGGAGAUUCAGGCUGCCUACAUCGGCACCACCAUCGUCAUUCGGCAGACGGCCGGGCAGUUGUCCUUCUCCAUCAGAGUGGCUGAGGAUGUAGCCAGGGCCUUCUCUGCUGAGCAGGACCUGCAACUCUGUGUUGGCGGGUGUCCCCCGAGCCAGCAGCUCUCCCGCCUGGAGCGCCAGCGCCGCGGAGCCAUCAGCCCAGACGCUGCCAGGCAGCUGUGCAAAGAACGGCUCCCCGUGGAAGACGCUUACUUCCACUCCUGUGUCUUUGACGUUCUCAUCUCCGGGGACCCCAACUUUACUGUGGCAGCUCGGGCGGCUCUGGAAGAUGCGCGUGCUUUCCUGCCAGACUUGGACAAACUGCAUCUCUUCCCCUCCGAUGCUGGGUCUCCUCUGUGCUCAGCGGUCCUGGGAGGCCCGGCUCUCUCAGGGCUCUUGGUUCUGUGGCUUUUCACUCAGUGAGUGCAACAAUCCCAAGAUUGAUGCGAAAGUGACUUGGGGCUGGAGAGUGGCAGGGAAAGACACCCAGAAUCACCAAAGGAAAGAGGGAACUCUGGGAGGUGAAUGAAGCAGUGAUGGUCAGAGAAGGCUUCGGUCCAGGUGGGGCCAUUACGGUAAAGGAUUCUGGGCAAGGCGUCCACAUUCCAGGCCUCCCAAGGAACUUGUCACUGUUCCCCCAGUCCUGUUUAGACUAAGAGUUGUUCCAAUACAUCUGCUCCUGAGAUCACUCCUGCAGUAUUGAAGGCUAAUAAGCAUCCUAAUAUUCAGUAGGAAAGUAAAUAUUAGAAAAGUGAAGCAGAAAGAAUAGAAAGAGAAAUACAUAUGAUGUUGCCCACAAGAACUCAAGGCCUGGGGCUGAAGAAAUAGGGCAGUGGGCAGGUACUUGCCUUGCAUACGGCCAACACAGCACCCCAUAUGGUCCCCUGAACCCUGCUAGGAGUGAUCCCUGAGCACCAAUAGGCAUGGUUCCCAAACCAAAAAGAAAUAAAGAGAUAAGGACCUCAAAGUCUCACCAUAUUUUCCAUUUCUGCCAUGUGGGUGAGAUACUCUUGGUAGCUUGCUGGGCUUUCCGAGAGGGACGGAGGAAUCAAACCCAGGUCAAAUGUGUGGCAAGCUACCCAUGGCGUAUUCAGUAUGCCAAAAAGAGUAACAACAAGUCUCAUAAUGGAGACGUUACUGGUGCACGCUCAAACAAAUCGAUAAACAACAGAAUGACAGUGACAGUAAUUUUCCAUUUCAAGGUGUAAGAGGAGGAACCAGGAAAAAGCUUUCUGGGUUCAGACAUGAGGUAGGACCUUAGGUAAAGGGACCUCUGCCUUCAAGAGUCCAGAACCUUAACUCUUAACCACUACACUUUAUCCUCAAAGAAAUAAAGUCAUUAGGGGUCUGGGUUGUGAGGAUGGUAGGAGUACCAGCUGUUAACACAAAAGUUACUGCUUAGACACAGACAAGGACAAAGUUGACAGUCCCACCCAACUAAUCUAUUAUGUCCUCUGUUGCCUGUGUUCAAUUUUUGUGCAGGUGCUGAAAUGGAGAAAGGCAAUGCUCACUACGCUGAAUGAUGGUUCAGAUGUGUUUAUCAUUGUUCUGUUCCCAGGAGCUUUGAGGGAAAUGAAAUUAAUUCACACGAAUGUAUAAUGAGUGUGAAUUUACUAAUUUCCAAGAUACUGUGAGUUCAGAUAGGAAGAUGGUUGUCGAAAAUAAGAGAUACUAACUAAUGCAGGAGUGAUAGCAUAGUGGAGUGGGUAUUUGCCUUAUAUAAUAGAGCAAACCUGGGUUCAAUUCCUGGCACUACAUAUGGUUCCCUGAGCCCCACCAGGAGUGACUUCUGAGUACAGAGGCAGGUGUAUCCCAAACACACACACACACACACACACACACACACACACACACAAAGUGGGUUCAAUCUUCUAAAUACUUUCAUAAUAGUGAUUCAUUUCAUUCUCAUGGCUCUAACAAAGGGACUUUGUUUGGGGGGGUAAGGUGGGGAUAUUGGGCUGUACUAGCCACGAUCAGGGCUUAUUUCUGGCUGAGUUCAGGGGUCACUCCUGGCAGGGCUC